AUGGAGGGAGAUUUUAUAUUCAGAAGCAGCACCAUAAACCCCACCGUCGAUCCAAACUACAUAGAAAAAAAAUGGGAGGAACUAGUGGGUAAAUUAAACUCCUUGGGCAAGGGACCUGUUCUUUCCGUUGAGACAUGGCAAAAGAGAUUUAAAGACUGGAAAAACUCUACCCGUGCAAAGUAUAGGAAAAUAUAUGAAAACAGACUUAUCACAGGUGGUGGUGUUGGAGUCAAAAUAGAAUUGACGCCUUUAGAAGAAAUAGGUCUGUCAGUUUGGGGCAAAGUUGCUGUGACAGGAAGACCACUUGUUAUGGUAUCAGGAGGAUUGGCUGGAUCCACAAAUGAUCAUCUUGAUGAAAUAGAGAAUCUGGAUGAAACUGAAGAAACUGCUGUCUCCACAAAUGAGGGCAUUGGAGAUAUUGAAGAAAUAAUUAUUUUGAAUGAAGCCACCAACAAAUUCGGAAAAAAACUAUAUAAACUUAUGAAUAUUGCUGUGUUUGGAAUGACGAUGGAAAACAUCCGUAAACAUCGCGUUGUCAAAUUAUGUGGAUCGUGGAAUGGACGCUAUGGGGCUAAAAAUAUGAUCGCCAGCUCAAAGUUUCGUGGCCAGACGAUUUUGGGCGACGAUCUGAUUGCUAUCGAAUUGGCUGAAUCUGAAAUAGUCUUCAACAAACCCCUAUACAUAGGGAUGGCCAUUUUGGAUUCAUUCAAGACGUGUAUGUAA